GAUGAAAGGCAGCCUGGCGUGAUGAUGUCAAAACUUAAGCCAAGACACCUGGUUUUGAAUCCCAGCUCCAGUACUCACUUGCGUCGGCCCUUGGGUCUGCAUGCUUCGGAGGGGGUCGGGCUCCCUGGUCUGAAUUCAAGUUUUGCCCGUUUACUACUGUGCCAGGUGUAAUGGAUAGGUAACAGAAGAAUUUCACUUACUUGUCAAGGAGUCAAAAUGACUGAGUGCUUCCUGCCUCCUACCAGCAGCCCUAGCGAGCACCGUAGGGUAGAGCAUGGUAGUGGUCUUACUCGAACUCCCAGCUCUGAAGAGAUCAGCCCUACUAAGUUUCCUGGAUUAUACAGGACUAGUGAGCCGUCACCUCCCCAUGACAGCCUACAUGAGCCUCCGGAUAUAGUGUCUGAUGAUGAAAAGGAACAUGGAAAGAAAAAAGGAAAAUUUAAGAAAAAGGAAAAAAGGACUGAAGGCUAUGCUGCCUUUCAGGAAGACAGCUCAGGAGAUGAGGCAGAAAGUCCUUCCAAAAUGAAGAGGUCCAAGGGAAUACAUGUCUUUAAGAAGCCGAGCUUUUCUAAAAAGAAGGAAAAGGAUUUUAAAGUAAAAGAGAAACCCAAAGAAGAAAAACAUAAAGAAGAAAAGCACAAGGAAGAAAAACAUAAAGAGAAGAAGUCAAAAGACUUGACAGCAGCUGAUGUUGUUAAACAGUGGAAGGAAAAGAAGAAAAAGAAAAAGCCAACUCAGGAGCCAGAAAUGCCUCAGGUUGAUGUUCCAAGUCUCAGACCCAUUUUUGGGAUACCUGUGGCUGAAGCAGCAGAGAGGACCAUGAUGUACGAUGGCAUCCGCCUGCCAGCAGUUUUUCGUGAAUGUGUAGAUUAUGUAGAGAAGUAUGGCAUGAAAUGUGAAGGCAUCUACAGAGUUUCAGGAAUAAAAUCAAAGGUGGAUGAGCUAAAAGCAGCCUAUGACCGAGAAGAAUCUCCAAACUUGGAAGAGUACGAACCUAAUACAGUAGCCAGUUUGCUGAAGCAGUAUUUGCGAGACCUUCCUGAAAACUUGCUUACCAAAGAGCUUUUGCCCAGAUUUGAAGAGGCUUGUGGGAGGAACACAGAGGGUGAGAAAGUGCAGGAAUUCCAGCGCUUGCUGAAAGAGUUGCCAGAGUGUAACUAUCUUCUGAUUUCCUGGCUGAUUGUGCACAUGGACCAUGUUAUAUCAAAGGAAUUGGAAACGAAAAUGAACAUACAGAAUAUUUCUAUAGUGCUCAGCCCUACCGUUCAGAUAAGUAACCGUGUCCUGUAUGUGUUUUUUACACAUGUGCAAGAGCUCUUUGGAAAUGUAAUCCUAAAACAGGUGACUAAACCACUUCGAUGGUCUAACAUGGCCACUAUGCCAACACUGCCAGAAACACAGGAAAGCAUCAAGGAGGAAAUCAGAAGACAGGAGUUUCUUUUGAACUGUCUACACCGAGAUUUACAGGCAGGAAUAAAAGAUUUAUCCAAGGAAGAAAGGUUAUGGGAGGUACAAAGAAUUUUAACAGCCCUCAAAAGGAAACUGAGAGAAGCAAAAAGACAAGAGUGUGAAACCAAGAUUGCUCAAGAGAUUGCCAGUCUUUCAAAAGAGGAUGUUUCCAAAGAAGAAAUGAAUGAAAAUGAAGAAGUUAUAAAUAUUCUACUUGCCCAGGAAAAUGAGAUUCUGACUGAACAAGAAGAGCUUCUAGUUAUGGAACAGUUCCUUCGGAGACAGAUUGCUUCAGAAAAAGAAGAGAUAGAACGUCUCAGAGCAGAAAUUGCUGAAAUUCAAAGUCGACAGCAGCACGGUCGGAGUGAAACAGAGGAAUAUUCCUCUGAGAGUGAGAGUGAGAGUGAGGAUGAAGAGGAGCUGCAGGUCAUUCUCGAAGACUUACAGAGACAGAAUGAAGAGCUGGAGAUAAAGAACAAUCAUUUGAACCAAGCAAUUCACGAAGAGCGAGAGGCCAUCAUUGAACUUCGAGUGCAGCUUCGGCUGCUACAGAUGCAGCGAGCAAAAUCUGAGCAGCAGCUGCAGGAAAAUGAAGAGCCAGAAAAGCGUGGGGGUGGACCUCAGCAGCAAAGAGACAGUGUCCCUGAAACAAAAGCAGCAAAAGAGCAGCAGCCAAAGGCGGUCAAAGAGCAAGCGAAGCCAUCACCAAGCAAAGACCGGAAGGAAACACCGAUAUGAUCAGCCUGUAAGGCAUCAAUGAAAUCUAUUAGACUUAACAAGGACUGUGCAAUUUACUGUAAUACUGAGAAUAAAAGUGCACACAUCUCUUCUGGUGUACAUUAUGUAAAGAAGUCUUUUAAUCCUGGGGAUGCUUGUCUGUUUCAUAUGUAUGAAUUCUACCCAUCAGGCUCAGGUUACAUGAGUGAGUGUACAAAGCAGUGAAAGCAUUUUCAGACUUGAAGGGGACAGAUGUGUUUUCCAGAUAGAAUUAGCUUAUUUGAAGAUUAAUUUGCUUCAGUUCACAUAAAAUGAACCUCAAAACUUUUAAGUAAUUCUUAAGAAUAGUUUGAUUUUUAAAACCAAAAAUGUAUUUUUGUUUUCACUACAGCAGAAUUGGAGGCUCGAUCUCUCUUUUCAGGGGAAAACAAAUCGGACAUGAAUUACUGUAUCUGCCUUGUGAAUUGAUCUGUUGUUUCACCCAUCAUUUCUGCUUAGUCACUUUUGCUUGUGCCUUUUAUACCUUUUUGGUGCAUAAUGGGGGAGCCAUCUGAACCUUUCAUGAUGGACAAGAAUGGCUUGGGCUAUACUUUUAUAUAUCCUUAUAAAUUCUAACUUUGCAAUUCUAGACUACACUAAAAUAAAUUUACACCACUCCAGGACUGCAGGGUUCAGUCCCAGUAAGACAGAUGUGAUCUGCCCUUGAUGCUCUCUUGUAUCAGAACUGUUUGGCAGCACGAGCCACAAAGAACAGAAAGUGAGGAUAGGCCCACUUGUUGCUAAUUUUGGCCACACCAUUAAUCAAUCAGCAAAUUGCUUCAUAUUCUUCGUGGCUUUCCCACGAAGUUGGUUGGAGGCAUUAGCCUUCUCCAAAUUCCUUUCCACACAGAAGUGGGUAAAUCUUUAAUGUGACUGAUCUUUUACUAAAUACGGGUGGAUUUCUAUUGCUUGCUUAGGCUAGAAUGUAAUGUCUCUUUGCCUGGUUAAGCCAUAUACUCUCUUGAACAAAAUCUUAAAUUCUGUCUUUCAAGUGAGCCUGAUUUAUAGCCUCCCAUUUGAUAGGAUUCAGCAAUAGAAAACCAUUACUUUUUAAUAGUUGCUAAGCUGUUCUUUUCCUUUAUUAAUUGAGAUUUAUACCUAAAAGCAAUGAUCCUUCCCUAACACCUGUCAUCUUAGGCCAUUUUCUGUUUAAGACAGUUAUUCUUUUCUGUUAGAGACUAAAUGACGUCCAUGAAAUUUGUCAAAUAUUCGACAUAUGACAAUGAAAAUGAACCCCAAGAACAUUGGUAAUCUUUAUUCCCUAGAACUUUGAGUAUUUAUUUUCAGCACCUCUUGGAUGUGGUUGUAUCCUCUACCUAUUGCACUGUUGUGAAUUGUUGGCCAUUAUUUGAUUUUGUACAAAAAAACAAAGCUUUGAUAUGUUAUAGAAAACAACAUACUAUUUUUUUAAAAUCUGGAGAGAAGAUAUUAUGGUGACUAAAAUAUGGUCAGGUGAUGAACGUAAAUGUAUAAAGCCUUCUUAGUGUUCUGUUACAUUCAUUUUCUAUUUGCUGGCAAAAAUAUUUAAGGUUACUUUUUUGUUUGUGUAAACACUAAUUUCUAUCCAGCUGUUAUGAUUUUUUAAUCAUUGUUUCCAUUCUCUUAAUAUUGGCUAACUUUUAUUUUGUGCCAGGACCAUUAAGCAUCAAGCAAAUAAAUUCAAGCAGCCAUUUGGGAUAAAAGUU